GAAGAGAAGUUGCUUGUUGUUUACAGUUGUUUAUAUGAAGUAAAUCCGCACUUUUAGUGCAUUUAAUUGACCGAACACAUUAGGGAGGUGUUUUAUAUGCACCCAGGGGCAGAAUGUACCGGCGAGGAGGCAAUAAAAAGGAGAAAGCUCAGCAGCAGCAGCAGCCGCAGGAGGAGAACGCUAGCGCUAGCAAAGCCGCUACAGAGCUGCUGGUGUUCGGCUACGCGUGUAAGCUGUUCCGGGACGAUGAGCGCGCUCUGUACCACGAGCACGGCAAACACCUGAUCCCGUGGAUGGGAGACAGCAAACUCCUCAUCGAUAGGUAUGACGGCCGGGGUCAUUUACAUGACCUUUCAGAGUACGACGCGGGCUCAUGGAACCAGAACUACCAGCUUUCUGAAGAGGAGGCCAGGAUUGAAGCUCUGUGUGAUGAGGAGAGAUACCUGGCAUUGCACACUGAUCUGAUGGAGGAGGAGGCCAGGCAAGAAGAGGAGUAUAAACGACUGAGCGAGGCUUUGGCAGACGAAGGCACCUACAAUGCCGUGGCUUUCCGCUACAGCGCUGACUACUACGACCCCUCCCAGCCCACCGAGGAGGAAGACGGCAGCAAAGAGAAAGAGCCCGAGCCACAGGAGGAAGAUGGCGAGGAGCCGUUUGUUGCACCACCUGGCCUCAUCAUACCCUCAGAUGUAGAGCUGCCCGCAACUGUCAAGACUCACGCCAUCAUCGAGCGCACCGCCAACUUCGUGUGCAAGCAGGGGGCACAGUUCGAGAUUGUGCUGAAGGCGAAGCAGGCUGGCAACUCUCAGUUUGACUUUCUGCGCUUUGACCAUUACCUGAACCCCUACUACAAACACAUCCUCCGAGCCAUGAAAGAGGGGCGAUACACGCCCGCUUCUGACGGCAAACAGGAUCAGACUCGAGACACCAGAUCAGGACACACCAAUGAAAACGAGGACGACGACGAGGAUGAUGACGACGACGGAGACGGCAACUAUCUCCAUCCAAGUUUGUUCGCAUCUAAAAAGAAUUCCCGUCUAGAGGAGAUAAUGAAGCCCUUACAGGUCAUGGAUCCUGACCACCCUUUGGCAGCGCUGGUUCUCAAAGUAAGGCAGGAAAAUAAUAAUAACGGCAGUUUAGCCGUGACCGCCAAGCCGGAGGAGGAGGUGGCAGCACCAGCGCAUAUUGUAACGGAGUACGCCACUGAUCCCAAUGUUGCAGCAAUGUAUUAUGGGUACUGUAUGCUCCCGGAUGGCACCUACUGCUUGGCGCCGCCUCCACCUGGUAUCGAUCCCGGCUCAUACUACAACUCGAUGCCUGCUGGCAUGAUGCCCGCUCACUCAGCGCACAUAGCUCCUCCACCCCCGGGCACCACGCCGCCUCCUGAUCCGGUGAUCGCUGUCCCGGCGGUCCCUGCUCCUGUCCCUGUGGCUCCACCUGUUGUCCCUGCGCCCAUCCCUGCGCCCAUCUCUCACGCCGCUCCUGCUGCUUUUCCCACCACCAGCUCCGCCGCCGCUCCGCCGAGUGUUUGCCAACCUGCUUCUUCAGCCGCAGCCAUCAUCCCUCCACCACCAGACAUCCAGCCUGUCAUAGAUAAGCUCGCUGAGUACGUGGCCAGGAACGGAGUGAAGUUUGAGAGCAGCGUGCGUGCCAAAAACGAUCCACGAUUUGACUUCCUGCAGUCCUGGCACCAGUACAACACCUACUACGAGUUUAAAAAGCACUACUUCAUGCAGAAAGUGGCUGCAAACCUGCCCCAGGCCCCUGCAGUCGGUGAGGAAGGCAGCACCGCUAAUUCCUCUGACAAGCCACCUAACGAGGGCAAGCUCAUUAAAGCGUCGUUUGCGCCCAUCAGCUUCGCAAUCAAGUCCAAAGAGAACGACAUGCUGCCGCUGGAAAAGAACCGCGUCCGCCUGGACGACGACUCGGACGAGGACAAGGAUAAAACGGAGGCGGCGGGGCAGAGCAUCGCAGGGGCGGAGUUACAGAAAGAGGCUCCUCCUACUGCUUCUGCACAGCCCGAGGAGAAGAAGGCGACUCUCUCACAGGAGGAGCUGGAGGCGAGGCAGGCAAAGCUGAAGCUGGAGGACCGAUUGGCAGCGGCGGCGCGGGAGAAGCUCGCUCAGGCCUCCAAAGAGUGGAAGGAGAAGCAGCUCCAGGCCGAGCGCAAGAGGAAAGCCGCUUUGUUCCUGCAGACGCUGCGGGUUCCCGAGCCCGAGCCGAAACGAGUCGAGGAACCCGUCGCUUCAGCCGAGUCUGAUGAUUCUGCGGUACCAGAAGAGACCUACAACCUGUUGGAGCCCGUAUUUGAAUACCCACCUCCAAAAGUACCUCCGAAAAGCCAAGACCCUCCCGCCAGCAUCCUGCCCUUCUCCUCAUCCUCCGCCUCCUCCGGCCGGGACAGACACAAAGACCGGGACCGAAACAGAGACAAGAAGAAGAAGAAGCACAAAAGGAGGUCAAGGUCCAGGACUCGGUCCAGGUCCCCGACAAGAUCAAAGUCCAGUUCCAAAUCUAAAAACAAGCACGCCUUACCCAGCGCAUACCGCUCCUACAGGAGGUCCAGGUCCCAAUCUCAUUCUCCCAGCAAGAGGCGUCGCGAAGAGAGAGAAAAAGAUAAAGAGCGCUACGGUGCCAGCGCCUAUCGCCUUGGCAACAGCCAAGGCCCCGGUAGGAAACGCUCAAGGUCCAGAUCCAGAUCACCUCAUGAAAGAAGGAAAAAGAAGAGCUCAAAAUCUCACCAUCGAUCGAAGGCUCGCUCUCAUUCACCCGCGUCGUCACCCGACAGGGGCAGGGCUGCCAAAGUCUCCGCCCUCACCACAAGCUCCUCCCCCACAUCCAGCCACAGCUCCAGCCUGAGCAGCUCCAGGGAUCCUUCACAGGAAAAAGACAGGACCGUGUCGUCCACCAUUAUUUCUUCAGUUCAAACCAAAAUAACUCAGGACCUCAUGGCUAAAGUGCGAGCCAUGCUGUCUAAAGGUCUGCAGCCGAACCCGUCCUGAGGUCGAAGGGGGAUGCGGACAUGAGACCACGCCAUCGUCGAACGUGACCCGACUCACUCUGCCACGCUGGACGUUCAGGACUGCCACCCCGUCUGUUCUGAUGCCCCUUGUAUUCCUUUAUCUAUGUGGUUAUGAAUCUGAUGUUGUUAUUCGGUGAAGCAGGCGAUGGAGGUGAAUGCAUUUACUGUAAAGUCAGAGCUCAAGUCUGUGCUGAACUGGAGAAGAUUUAUGACAAACCAAACAGCAGCGGUCAGGGUUAUCCAUCUAUCCUGCUCCUGAACUCUCUCCAUGGGUGCUUUUUUUUUCUAGUUUCCUUUUUUUUUCUGCCAGAGGGUUCAACAAAGAAACAUCACAGACGCAGAGUAAUUAAUCCAGCACCCUGCAUUUCACGGAAGCAUUUUGAACCCUCGCCCAAAUUAAAUUGAUGACAGAACUCCAUCCAGUGUGAAUAUUUUCAUGCCAGCCGGCAGCGUUACGUCCUUCUGUGAAGGAUACGAGGUAUUUUCUCGUACUUUUUUUUUUCUAAUCUUGCUGCUGUUCUUCUCAUUUUCAGCCAGAUUUAUUUUGGCAACCCUACAUCCUGAUAUUUACUUUUAACAAACGUGGCCUUCCGGCUGUUGCAGGGUUUAUUUUGCAUCUGCUUUGUAAAACAAUAAAUUUGAGUCAGAAAUAUCUCAUCAGAGUCGAUUACUCCAGCUGUCACUCAUACCACUGUUUUAAAUAGUCCUGUGCUCUUAAAAAGCCUGACACCAGUCAAAUAAGCAGUCAGAAUACUUAAAAUAUAUACACCGAUCAGCCAUAACACUGUCCAUUUUAUCAGCUCCACUUACCAUAUAGAAGCACUUUGUAGUUUUACAAUUACUGACCGUAGUCCAUCUGUUUCUCUGCAUGCUUUGUUAGCCCCCUUUCAUGCUGUUCUUUAAUGGUCAGGACCCCCACAGAGGAGGUAUUAUUUAGGUGGUGGAUCAUUCUCAGCACUGCAGUGACACUGACAUGGUGGUGGUGUGUUAGUGUGUGUUGUGCUGGUAUGAGUGGAUCAGACACAGCAGCGCUGCUGGAGUUUUUAAAUACCGUGUCCACUCACUGGCCACUCUAUUAGACACUCCUACCUAGUUGGUCCACCUUGUAGAUGUAGAGUCAGAGACAAUCGCUCAUCUAUUGCUGCUGUUUGAGUCGGUCAUCUUCAAGACCUUCAUCAGUGGUCACAGGGCGCUACCCACCGGGCACUGUUGGCUGGAUAUUUUUGGUUGGUGGACUAUUCUUAGUCCAGCAGUGACAGUGAGGUGUUUAAAAACUCCAUCAGCGCUGCUGUGUCUGAUCCGCUCAUACCAGCCAUUCAAAAGUUUGGACACCCCAGUCAAAUUCUGUGUUUUGUUGAUUUUCUAAUUAGCAGUAAGCUAACACACUUUCUACAGGAACGUGUUUAUAAGGCAUUUCUGUUAACUUUAUUAUGGACUUUGAGUAGGGAUGCCAAAGUGUGCCAGAUUCCACCCCUACACCACUCCAAUGCUGUAAAUGUACCAAAUGCCCAGUGAUGAUUACAGGCUGUUCCUUCAAAUACAUGACCAAUAAAAAACCCAUAACCCAUAUGCUCAGAAAAAGAGCAUAUGGGUUAUGGACAAAUGCUUGAACUUACUAUCCAGUUUAAAAUGUUUAUUUCUUGAUAUGUUGCUGAUAUUGUGUUUGAGCUAUAAAAACAAAGUGCCUUAAAAGCUUAAAUUUCACUCCCGUGCAGACGUACCCCUCAUACUCACAUUAUGGAUGAGCCUCUGUGUCUGGUUUGCGGUUUUUCACUUCUUGUUGAUGUAUUUAUUUCAUGCACUGCUGACUCUGUGUUCUGAACCAUUCGCAAAACCAAACGCAGCUCCGGUUUGCAGCUUCAUUAAACCUCCAGACAGGUUGUACCUGCCUCAGUGCUUUCUGGUGUCUUACACAGUGUCUGCUGGGAUUUAAAGCCAGACAGGAUUUAACUCCCAGAAGCCCUGAACUUUCUAGGUGGGCAGAUUCAGGGAUUCCCUGCUCGCUGGGCCACGUUCUGCUCAGUUCUGUUCUUUUUCCAGCUUUAUUGAGAAAGUCUCUUAGUUUUAUUGUUAUUUAGUUGAGGAAAUUUUGCAGACUUUGUAAGUCUGAGCUGAAAGCUUGGAGUGAAUAAUUCUGCCAGAAUCAAGCGCUGUUUAAAGUCCAUCUGUGUUUCCAACUAAACAAUGGCGCUUUGUUUGGAGCUAAAAGCUUUUUUUCCCUCUGUGAUUGAGGGCCUUACUUAUAAUGAUUCUCUGCAGUCUGCUUAGCUUGCACAGUGUAGAUGUUUGGUGGUAACUGUAAACACACAAGCUGUACAUCUGUCCUGCAUUCCAAACCACACUUAAUGUAUAAAGCUUUCCUUAUACAUUCACAUCUGGAUGUUUAAACCUCACAAUCAUUUAUUUUAAAUUCCAAGAAUUGAAUAAGCCACUUUGAAAAUGUGAUUUUUAUUACGCUUGGAAAAUGAAAUGAAAAAUGGUUUGUCAUAUAAUUGUGUAAUGUAAUAUAUUUUCAGCUGUAUGAUGGCGCUCUGGUCACUGUCGCGGGCCUUGAGUUUGACACAUGUGAAUUAUGUGCAAAACUUGUCAAAGUUAAUAUUAAGGCUCAUGGUUUUGGAAUAGCAUGUCUAACAAUCUAACACUUUCAUACUUUCGGCCAAAUAGUGGAUAUGGUGGACGUACUUGAUAAAAUGGCUAGUGAAUGUAGGUAGAAGUAUUAAACUGGUAGCUCAGUCUGUUUAUACAGAAAGACACUUGCAGCAAAUAAAGCAACGUUAUUAAAGUUGGAAAGUUCA